AUGUAUCCAUCUCCUGACGCACCCGUCCUCCUUCUCGAGGCGCCGUCAGAGCUUGAAAAGCAAAUCGGUGUCGCGCGCAGGGCCGUCACCGCAAGCUAUCUCGAUGCUCGUGCACAAGUGCAAGGCGUCAUCUCUCGGUGGAUCGACGUCGAACAGGCCGUAGAGCACCGCGUCAAGUCCCUCAUUGCGCCUGACGAACCGCUUACGCCCGGCGUGCUGUACGUCGGCGUAGCCACGCUCACCGGUUCCGUCCUCGCGCGCAACCGCAUGAUCCUCACACGGCUCCUCCUCCCGCCGACACUUCUCCUCCUCUCCUUCCGCCACUUCCUCCCCAAGACCGCGCACAACGUCUCGGAUUACUGCGGAUCGCUCGAGGACACGUACUUCCCCCGCCUCGCGCAGGCACACGAGACCGCGAAGGCGCACUCUGCGAUGACGUGGGAGCGCAUCAAGGAUGUAAGCGUUGCAGGCCGCGAGGCGACCGUCUCCGGCGUGGAAACCAUGCUCGUCCGCAUCGAAGAGGCGACAGGAUUAAAGCUGAAGGAGGCACUGGGCUAUGGUCAGGGCGUAGUGCGGGCCGUGGAGAAUCAGACGAAAGCUGCGGCAAAGAUCGUGCAGCAGAAGACCGAGGCGGCGACGGAUGUCAUCGUGAAGAAAACGGAGGCUGCAAAGGAGGCUAUAGAGCACAAAGCGGAGGCGGCGAAGGAGGUUGCAGAGCACAAAGCGGAAAACAACUCUGUUGUCUCAGAGCCAAAAGUAGAAGAGCCACCUACGCGGCUAGUAUGA